AUGGAGGGCCUGGACGUGUAUCUGCAUGUGUCUGGUGACGAGGGCCUGGACGUGUAUCUGCAUGUGUCUGGUGACGAGGGCCUGGACGUGUAUCUGCAUGUGUCUGGUGACGAGGUCCUGGACGUGUAUCUGCAUGUGUCUGGUGACGAGGGCCUGGACGUGUAUCUGCAUGUGUCUGGUGACGAGGUCCUGGACGUGUAUCUGCAUGUGUCUGGUGACGAGGGCCUGGACGUGUAUCUGCAUGUGUCUGGUGACGAUGGCCUGGACGUGUAUCUGCAUGUGUCUGGUGACGAGGUCCUGGACGUGUAUCUGUAUGUGUCUGGUGACGAUGGCCUGGACGUGUAUCUGCAUGUGUCUGGUGACGAUGGCCUGGACGUGUAUCUGCAUGUGUCUGGUGACGAUGGCCUGGACGUGUAUCUGCAUGUGUCUGGUGACGAUGGCCUGGACGUGUAUCUGCAUGUGUCUGGUGACGAUGGCCUGGACGUGUAUCUGCAUGUGUCUAGUGACGAGGGCCUGGACGUGUAUCUGCAUGUGUCUGGUGACGAUGGCCUGGACGUGUAUCUGCAUGUGUCUGGUGACGAGGGCCUGGACGUGUAUCUGCAUGUGUCUGGUGACGAUGGCCUGGACGUGUAUCUGCAUGUGUCUGGUGACGAUGGCCUGGACGUGUAUCUGCAUGUGUCUGGUGGGCCGGAUUUAAGUAGGUGGAGGCCACGGAGCCGGAGUUUUAGUCGAGGCCCUACAGUUUAUCGAAAGCUUUACUACAAAUGCACUUAG